UUGGAAUCAAAUAUAUGUUUCCAGGCGCACAUUGUGUCACACAUCGAGCGUGUGGCUGGCAGUCUACCUUGGAUUCUUUGCGGCGUCUUGGUUCUUCUUGGCUUCUUCUUGUUUCUCGUCCCCUGGCUUUUCUGCUGUCUUCCCUUCUGCGUAGAUCAGUGCCUGGAUGUCGUCCACUCAUGUCCUGCCUGCAAGCGUAAUCUUGGUCGUUUCAACCGUGUUUAA